UAGACCAACCACUCACUGGGAAAACAAGUGUUGGUGCCAGGGCCUUCUGCGGACUCCCAGACCGCUUUCUCACAGACAGGCCCAUGGACCCAGUACGGAUCGCAGUUGUGGGGGCAGGCGUGGUGGGGCUCUCUACCGCCCUGUGCGUUUCCAAGCUGGUCCCGGGAUGCUCCAUUACAGUCCUGUCAGACAAGUUCUCUCCUGAUACCACGAGCGAUGUGGCAGCCGGCAUGCUUAUCCCUCAUGUCGAUGCAGACGCACCCAUUGCCAAGCAGAAGCAGUGGUUUAGAGAGACCUUUGACCACCUCUUUGCAAUUGCCAAUUCUGCAGAAGCUGAAGAUGCUGGUGUUCACCUGGUAUCUGGUUGGCAAAUAUUUCGGAGCGUUCCUACGGAGGAAGUGCCAUUCUGGGCUGAUGUGGUUCUGGGGUUUCGAAAGAUGACCAAGGCUGAACUGAAGAAAUUCCCCCAGCAUGUGUUUGGUCACGCUUUCACGACUCUGAAAUGUGAAAGCCCUACUUACCUCCCGUGGUUGGAGAAGAGGUUAAAAGGAAGUGGGGUCCCGAUACUCACCCGACGAAUAGGAGACUUGUGGGAACUCCAUCCGUCCUUCGACAUCGUGAUCAACUGCUCAGGCCUUGGAAGCAGACAGCUAGCAGGAGACUCGAAGCUGUUCCCAGUGCGGGGCCAAGUGCUCAGAGUUCAGGCUCCCUGGGUGAAGCAUUUCAUCCGGGACGGGAAUGGGCUGACAUAUAUUUAUCCUGGCAUAGCCAACGUAAUCCUGGGAGGAACGAGGCAGGAAGGAGACUGGAAUCUGUCCCCAGAUGCAGAAAUGAGCAGAGAUAUUUUUUCCCGUUGUUGUGCUCUUGAGCCGUCCCUCCGUGGAGCCUGCCACAUCAGGGAGAAGGUGGGUUUAAGGCCCUUCCGGCCAGGCUUGCGGCUGCAGACAGAGCUCCUCGCCCAGGAUGGUAGGAGGCUGCCCGUGGUCCACCACUACGGCCACGGGAGUGGGGGCAUCUCCGUGCACUGGGGCACUGCUCUGGAGGCCGCCAGGCUGGUGGGGGAGUGUGUCCGAGCCCUCAGGAGCCCCAAGUCAAAGCUGUAGGUCACAUGCAAAUGGCCCCGGAGACUAUGAUCAAAAUACCAUCUAGGCAGCACAACUGAUUCCACUAACUUCUCCACUGCAUGAAAGUUUAGUUAGUGGUAUCCUUCUUUUCAAAAUGGGAAAUGAUGCAAUAUGAAGCCCUAGUAGCCUUAGGACUAGUUCUAACCUAAUCUAGGACCGAUGCAGAACUAGGCUGAAGUCCAGUACUAAUGAAAUAGGGCACAAAACUAUUUUUGUUAAAAAUACUUGUGGGAGAGUAAGAUUUCUUCUAGAUCCGGUGUUCAAAGCUCUGUGCUAAUUUACACUGAUGCUGGGAAUGAUAAGGAUUUUGACAUCUUUUGGCUAAUAAAUCCACAGCGAGAGAUGAUGUAUGGAAAACACUUAACUCACUGUUAGUCACAGUUUGCAGGCUGUGCUCAAGGGAGCAUUAUAAUCCCUUUAAAUAAAAUACACGGUGAUCACGCAA